CAAGUCUGGGCGACGGCGGGCAGGUGGACCCCACCGCCGCCAACAACGCCCUCUACGCCGCCCUCGCCGUCUUCUGCGUGGUCUGCGGUGGCCUGUGCAACGUCGCCGGCCCCCGGCUCAUGCUCCCCCGCGGGAUGCAUCACCUACGCGCUCUACGCCUGGUCCUUCCUCUACUACAACCACUCUUGUGACCAGACGGUCAUCGUCGUCGCCGGCGGGAUAUUGGGAGUCAGCGGCGGGAUGCUGCAGUCGGUGCAGGGAGCGGUGUUGAGAUUCGCCGGCGCCGGAGUAGGAUUUCUCCACCGAGGAGAGUUGGAAUUAGGGAUUAGAUGGCAGUUGGAGGAGGACACCAUCGAUGGAGAACAGAGCGGAGGGGAAGGGCUAAUUUUUAUUUUUAUUGUUUUUAUUAUAAAUUUCCAAUUUUGCCCUUAA